CAGGAAAGGAAAAGCCCAAAACAACUACUUUGUAACCAAUCUCGAGCCUUUUGUUUAUAUUCAACUCGAGGGCAUAUUUGCAAGCCUUCCAGACUAUUUUUAAGCAUUACAUCCUUGUAUUCCUACCACUGCUACCCAAGGUCCAACGCCACUUUGUAUCGUUACAGAGCUUCAUGAAAGCACGCGCUGUAGCGCAUGGCAGCCAUGGCUGUCAAAGAAGAAAGCUUGUACGAUUGUGCAGUUUCUCUAUGUCUGCAAGCAACGACUAAUGUAAUGCUCGUAGGCAUCAUGCCACUGAGAACCUCAUCUUGCCGAAUCCGAGAAAGUACUACAGGGCUACGAUAGACACCAGGUGCGUUGGUUCAGAGGAAGUCCCAGGAUGCUAUCUUUAAAUUGCAGGCUGUGAGCAUUAUAUUCGCUGGAACAUACUUGGAUAUUUGAAUAUAUUCUUAUCUGCAUAAUACUCGAAAGCCAUUAGAUGAAUACGGGUUGCUGACAAUGUGCUUCAAGUCACUGGCAGUUACGGUCCUUAAUAAGCUCCCCAGAGCAAGAUAUCAUAUACUUCCCCAAUGGCACAGACAUUAUAUCAAUCAACUCCAAAACUCGGGAACGCGAACUCAUAGCCUCGCUUACCUUCCUCCCACGAUGUCUCGUUGCCUCGAAAGACUGGUUGUGUUGCGGAGGAGAUAAUGGAAACUACACUGCCAUAUCAUUGAAGAACAGGUCAACAGCUUUCGAUACUUCUUCUUUUCUAGAUGCUGAUCCGGAUGCUCGGUUACCGCUGGACCUGGAUCCUACCCGACGCCCCAACAUCGGAGAGAUGAUUGAUGCGUAUCGAAGGAUUCGGGGUCGAGCGAUGACAACACAGAGUGAGAAGAUCGGAGCGGAAAUCGUCAAUUGCAUCACUCUUUGGUCGCCGAGGGAUGAUUUAUCAGAACGUGUUUACAAGGUUCCAGUGGCUGUAACAUCGAAUAAUGACUGUACCGUUUCGAUUCUGAACGUGGCAACCUCGGAUACAAUUGAGACAUUGAAGCUACCAGAUUUCGUCAAUCGGUCCGCGAUAUCCCCGGACGGCGAGCUGCUCGUUGCGAUAUGCGAUGACCCGUUUCUAUAUAUUCACAAGCGAAUGCAGAAGACGGAGCCGAGAAGCGAACGUUUUGAAAGCAAACGAGGUCCGACAUAUCAUUGGGUCCUUGCUGGGAGGAUACAAUUGGAGAGUCAACGACAGGCAGAUAAAUCUCAGAUGAGAGGAAGCUUUGCCCUUUCUUUUUCGAGAUCGGGAAAGUAUCUGGCCGUGGCAACUCAAUAUGGGAUUAUAUCCAUUUUCGAUGCGGAAUGUCUCACAGAAACACAAUCACUGAUGGUGUCAUUUACCACAUCAAGACCCGGUCGGCAAGCUGGAGCUGUUCGAGCAAUGGAGUUUUCCCCAGGACCGUUUGGUCUUCUUGCCUGGACAGAAUCAAGCGGCCGAGUGGGAAUCGCUGAUGUCCGUACACUCUUCAACUCCCGCCAACUAAUUCUCAUCAACUCCAAUGAAGUGAACGUAGAAAGAGUCCACCUCUCAGACCGAUCCGGUCAAAGAUACGGCCUCCGCAAUCUACGCACUGAAUCGCCACCAUCAGCUGGUAUCCCAGACUAUCUUGGAGCCGACCUAGAAGGACGGCAUCUGAGAAGUCUUCUUUUGGAUAGAGACCAAGAUCCACCUACAGCAGCCGAGCUAGACGUCCUGGAAGUGUCUCGAAUUGCAAGACGGCAACGGGAUGCCGCGAACACAGCCCGAGAAGUCCUAGCCGAAGCAUCAGCAACAUCACGCUGGGGCCCAUGGGCUGACGGACGUCGCUCAGCAAAUACUAAUACAACGCCCAAUGGCGAAGGAAGUUCGAGCAGCGGCACCACCCGUCUUGUCAACAAUGCCGGGCUCCCAUCCUCCCUCCGCGAUUUCGUCUCACAUGACCGUUCUGCGGCCUCAUUCCGCGCAUUCAUGGACGAACGCAACCGCGAAAGCGCCCGCCGCACCCAACUCCAACAGCAAGAACCUAGAAGACGCAGUUCCAUGCUCUUAGCCGCAGCCGAAACAGCCAUCGAGCGGGAGACGCUCGGCGCGCCCCGGAACGACGAUACCUUCUCCGGCCUCGAACGCCUCAGCCUCACUCCUGGUCGACGAGACCGUGACCGUGAACGAGAACGCGAUCGAGAACGAGAAAGAGAACGAGAACGCGACACCCCCACAGAAUCCGGCUCUGGUUCAGGCAGAGCGCCUGAGUCCAACAACCCCUGGGCGGACAUCGAUUCCAUAUACCGAGCUGCCUACGCACCUAUCACGCGCUCGACUCGACUUCGCGUCGAAGUAGGUGUCGAAGACGACGACCAGACGAUCAGUAUCAACCCGCGGGAGUUUGCGCACAGGUUACGACAGCCGUGGCGGCCGACGGAUGAUGGCACGACGUUUGGGUUGGGGACGAUGACGAGGGAUGAGAAUGGAUUAUUGGAUGGGGUGUUGAGGGCUGCGGAGACGAUGGGCUGUUGUUGGAGUCCUGAUGGGAGGAUUUUGUACGCAGCAACACUCGAAGGAAUCCACGAAUACCACGUCAACAUCGCCGGUCGAAAAAAGUUCCCGAGUAUCGUAUUCCGUUGAGCGUGUACACCGCACCUGCUCUAAUACCAGUACUCCUACUAAAUGGAGGUUCUCUAUGUAUGCAUGCAUGCAUGCAUGUAUGUUUGCUCAAGGCGUCCUGGAGUUCCUUGGUUAUGUAUGCCACUUCGAGCAUUCUGCAUUGUGCGGGCAUUUGUAUUUUUUCUUGGUUUGAUUGAUUUGAAUGAAUGGCUUGCUGGUACUGUUGGAGGAAGGGAGGAAGGGCAAAUUCAAGGCAAACAAGCAGAAAAGCAGAACUAGGAACAGGUAGCAUUAAGGGAAGAGCCCGGACGGCACGGGACAGAAUGGAAUGGGGUGAGAAAUGUAGAAAUAGCACGCCACAGGGCAGUACCGUUGUGAGAAUAAGAAUUGUAACUGGAGUGACUCGGAUAAGCUGAGUAUAAGUACGUAAGUAAGCAUUUAAGCAU